AUGCACACCGGCCCGGCGUUGAACUCUGCCCUGUCGCCUCUUGCGACGCAUCAGCACGGAGUCUCACCACAGCCCCCGUCGGCCACCACCGUGUCGGCCACGCCCGAAAGCGCGGUGCAUGAGCGAGUCGGUCUUCUCUAUCACCCCCUCGCUACCGUGCGCACGGCGUACGCGGAGACGGAGGUACGCCCGUUCUCCACUGGUGCCGGCGCCGCCACGGCUGCUGCUGCUGCACCAGCCGCUCCGUCUUUCACCACGGUCUCCGCUGCUACUGGAGACAAGACGUACUUUGAGCUCGCUGACUUCGACGCCAUUGACGAAGACCCGCACACGCCGGCGGAGUGGCUGGCCAUGGGCGGUGACGGGAAAGGUGGUACACCGGCCAAGUCGCGCUUCUUCAAGACCGCCGGUCCUGGAGGUGGCACAGUGGUGUGGCGGCGUUGCCGCGUGAGGGAGUACGAUGAGGCCACCCAACUCUUCUAUGUUCAGUGGGGUGACGGCAAGGGUCGGUGGACACGCCGCUUGAACAUCCGCUUCGACGCCGAGGACGUGGCGCGGUGGGAGGCGCGGGUUCGGCGUGCCGAUGAAUAUCGUAGCGACACGGAGGCCGCCAUGCGGGAGGCGCUCUACAUCGACUCCAUCCCUGAUGCCUACGCUACACCGAUGGAGGAGGCGCAGAUAGAGCGGGUCCUGCGCAAUGUGGCGAUGCGCUUCCCCGUGGCCCAGCUGCACGUCAUACAGCAGCGGACCGAGGAGGCGGAGGCCACGCACUACCGAGCCAUGAAGCUGGCGUUGCACACGUACAUGAUGCGUGGCGCCUCAGAGCAGGAGCGGCUGCGGAUCGCCGACUUGCCGCGCGCCGGCGUCGCGGCCCAGCCCUCGCUGCGCGGCCUGCGCGGGACCCUCGGCACGCCGUCGCCGAACUUCCUUGCCGCCCGCGCUUACAUGGCGGAGAACUGCUUGCAGGUGCACGCACUCAUCCAGGAAACACUCCACUUGCUCCACACACUUUGGUUCAGCUAUGCCUCGCAGCCGCUCUGCGUGUUGAGCUACGAGGCCUCGGCGCUGCCACUGCGGCUACCCCUCUUCAUCUCCACGCAGGAGGAGCGGGGCAUCGCGGUGGGUGAGCGACUGAAAGGUGAGUGGUCAUCAACGGUGCAGUCAACGGUGCAGAACAACCUCGACGCGUACUUCAACUUCUACGAAGACAACAUGGCGCGGUAUGAGGCCAGCCGGAUGUUCCGCUUCGUUUGCUUGGCGAACUGCAUGAUGCGCUCGCAGCUGCGCGGGCUCGCAAUGACGUCGCUGGAGUCGUACACCGCGUACCUUGAGAAGUACGCCGUCGGGCGCACCAACACCGCUGACUCCGACGACGCGGCGGCGGUGAUGGUGGAGGUGCUGCCCGAAGAUGCGGCGGAGCGGGCGUACUGGGCGCAGCGCAUUGCCCAGCUCGAGGCGCGUCAGGCCGCGGAGCGGGAGCGCAAGGCGGCGGGGCAAAGGAGCGCCAUGAAGAAGCCGCGCAAUGCCCCUGCGGCAGCGGAGGCGCAGGGGAAUGAGGACGAGGCGGCACCGCCGCAGCACCUCCUCUGGUAUCCCGGUAUUCCCCCGCUGACGGAGCCGUUAGAACAGCGUGUUGUGCAGCUCAUCCAGCGUGUCAACGGGCUGCAGCCGCUCUUCUACACGAAGCUUGUGGUGGCGUCUCUGCUGUCCUCGCAGUCACCGCCGCAGCGCGUCUCCCAGGAUGGCGGCGCCGGCGAGGGCGAUGCGGAGGGGUGCGCCAUCGUGCUUGACCCGCCGGUGUCCGAAGUGGAGCGCUGCGUCCUGCGUGUGAUGGAUCGCUGCCUCGAGCACAGUGACGGGGUGGUGGCCCUGGGUGAUCAGUUGUUCCCCUUUCUGGAGAUGGCACCGGCGCAUCUGCGUCCACUCAGCGCCGACGAGGCCGAGGUGGUCGCAGUGCGGGAGCGCGUGCUGACGGUGUUGCGCGGCAACCGGGCCGCGCCUCUCCAGCUUGUGCAGAUGUACAGAGAAUUUGAAUACUUGGCUUUAGCCGACGUGGAGGAGGUCAUCCAAGCGACGCUGGAGCACAUCGAGGCCUUGGAGGAGGUAGACCUGCUGCUGGAGCGGCUGAGCCGCGACCGCCGUCGUCUCGCAGAGCGCACGCCAAACACUGUCACCUUCGAGCUGUACGCCGUGGACUGCCGAGACCUAAAGGCAUCGCUGAACGACAGGGCAGUGCAGCUACAGCAGGCGUUGCUGGAGACAGUGGCCAUGCGGCUUGCCGAGGAAUGCGCCGGCGUGCUCAGCGCGUACGAGGCCAUCUACGCCGAUCUCGCCGUGGAGCCGGCGACGCCGGAGGAGCUACAGAAAAUGCGGGCUACUCUAGCCGACGUUACGGCGCGCGAGGCGGCGAUCCAGGUCAUCUUCCAGCAUGUGACAGGAGGCAACGAGCUCCUGCUGCGCUACAACUACCUCGUGCCGCAUGACGAGUUCGUGCGCUACUGGGAGGCGUACGAGUGGCCCAAGAGGCUAGCGCAGUUCGUCGAGGACCGCAACUUCCGUGCCAAGGAGUACCGCGCCGUCUUCAUUCAGCAGCUGCGUGACAACAGCGAGCAGCAGGCGUACGCGAUCAUGCAGCUCGCCGCCAGCGUGGAGGACUUCACCCACCUUGGCGACGAUGCGCGGGCGGAGGAGUACUAUGAGCGAGCCCGCGCUAUCGCGGAGUCCAUUCAGUCCAGCAAGGCCUCUGUGGCUCUGUGCACGCGCCACGAGGAGUUGUUUGGAAUGACGAUCACAGCGUACCCGCAGCUGGCGGAGAUACAGCAGCGCUUCGAGCCGUACUUUGCCUUGUGGGAGGUGGUUUGCCAUUUUAACGCCGAGACGGAGCGCUGGAUGAGCACGAAGAUUGCGACGCUGCAGCCGAGCGACGUUGAUCAGAAGGUGUCCGACUGGACAAAGCGCGUGGCGGCGCUGUCGAAGAAGAUCAAAGAGCCCGAACCGAGCGAGGUGGCGCGGCAGCUACGGACGAAUAUCGAACAGUUCAAGCCCCUCGUGCCACUACUCUACGCUCUACGCAGCCACCUGCAAGCGGGCCACUGGCGCGCCAUUUACCAUCAGUGCGGCAUCCCGCGUGAGCAGCAGGGCUUCGGCCCCGGCGGCGUCGACAACAAUGAGCAGCGGACGCUCGCCGAGUAUGUCCAGCUCGGCAUGAUGGACCACCUCACGGCGAUCGAGCACGUCGCUUCAGUGGCGCAGAAGACGUACGAGCUGGAGUCGGAGCUGAUGAACAUGGAGACAGAGUGGAAGCGGCUGGUCUUCGAGAUGGAGCCAUACCAGGACACGUUCAAGCUCAAGGCAAACGAUGCCAUGCAGCUUACCUUGGACGAGCACAUCCUCAAGACGCAGUCAAUGCUGGGCAAGCCCACUGUGCGGCAGACCCCGGCUCUGCAGGCACGCGUGAGCCAGUGGUCCGACCAGCUGAACAACACGCAGAGCACCAUGGACGAAUGGUUCCGCUGCCAGAGCACGUGGUCGUACCUGGAGCCCAUUUUUGCCUCGGCCGACAUCUCGCGUAGUCUUCCGGCAGAGAAAAGGAUAUUUGCGGAGAUUGACGAGGCGUGGCACGCCGUCAUGACCCGCACCCGUGCUAUCCCGCAGAUCAUUACCCGCUGCCAGGACGAAAGCCUCUACAAGAUCCUCAGCAGCGCCAACACGAACCUCGAGGAGAUCCUGCGCAAGCUGCAGCAGUUCCUUGAGACGAAGCGCAUGGCGUUUCCGCGCUUCUACUUCAUCUCCAAUGAGGAGCUGCUGCAGAUCCUGUCCGACAGCCGUGACCCGUAUCUCGUGCAGCCGUACCUGUGCAAGUGCUUCGAGGGCAUCAAAACGCUGACUUUUGCCGACCACCACGACAUGGUCGGCAUGGAGUCGGCGGAGGGCGAGCGGGUGCGCUUUGUGUGCACCGUCCACCCCAGCGACCACCACAACCAGGCGGAGUUGUGGCUGCAGGCGGUGGAAAAAGUCAUGAAGGCGACCAUGCGCGAUCAGCUGCGGCAGGCCAUCGGCGACUACACACAGCGGAAGCGCACGGAGUUUAUCUGCGCGUGGCCGGGGCAGGUCGUCAUCGCGGUCUGCUGCUUCUUCUGGACGAUGGAGGCGACGCAGGCGAUGACGGCGGAGGGUGCGGUGGGGCUGACGACAUACCAUGAGAAGUGCGUGCGGCAGCUGGAUGACUUGAUCCUGCUCGUGCGUGACAGCUGCCUUGGCAACGUCGAGCGCUGCACCCUCGAGGCGCUUGUCGUCAUCGAGGUGCACGCGAAAGACAUCCUGCGCAUGCUUGGCGAGAAGGGCGUUGAAUCACCGUCGAGCUUUGACUGGCUGGCGCAGCUGCGGUACUACUGGGAGGGUGAGGAGGACAAUCAGCAGCUGACGGUGCAGCAGAUCAACGCCUCGCUGGGGUAUGGCUACGAAUACCUUGGCAACACGGGUCGCCUCGUCAUCACCCCGCUGACGGAUCGGUGCUACCGCACGCUGAUUGGGGCGCUGCAUCUGAACUACGGUGGUGCGCCGGAAGGCCCUGCUGGCACCGGCAAGACAGAGACAACGAAAGACCUCGCCAAGGCGCUCGGCAAGUACUGCGUUGUGUACAACUGCUCUGACCAGAUCUCGGCCAAGGACAUGGCGAAGCUGUUCAAGGGCCUGACACAGGCCGGCGCGUGGGGCUGCUUCGACGAGUUCAAUCGUAUUGAGAUCCAGGUGCUGUCGGUUAUUGCGCAGCAGAUUGCGACGAUUCAGGAAGCGAUCAUCCAGAGGCGUCCCGAGUUCAUCUUCGAGGGGGCGCAGAUUCGGAUGGACAGCGGAUGCGCGGUGUUCGUGACGAUGAACCCCGGCUACGCCGGCCGUGCAGAGCUGCCAGACAACCUGAAGGCGCUCUUCCGGCCAGUGGCAAUGAUGGUGCCAAAUUACGCCAUGAUCGGCGAAAUUCAGCUCUACUCGUACGGCUUCCUGCACGGCAGGGUUCUCUCGGAGAAGAUCGUGGCGACGUACAGGCUGUGCUCGGAGCAGCUCUCCUCGCAGGACCACUACGACUACGGCAUGCGUGCCGUGAAGGCGGUGCUCACGGCGGCGGGGCGACUGAAGCGGGCGUACCCGAUGGAAGACGAGAUGGUAGUCAUGCUGCGGUCCAUCCAGGACGUCAACCUACCCAAGUUUCUCUCGCAGGAUGUGGAGCUCUUCAAGGGCAUCGUGUCAGACCUCUUCCCCCGGGUGCAGCUGCCGGCGCCAGACUACGCCGACAUGCACAACGCCCUCGCCAUCGUCACCAUGGCGGACAACCUGCAGCUAACCGCGUACUUUGAGGAGAAGAUUUGCCAGACGUACGAGAUGAUCUGUGUGCGCCACGGUAUGAUGCUGGUCGGCUACUCGUUCGGGGGCAAGACGAAGGGGUUGCGCUCUCUCGCUGCCGCCCUGGGGGUGAUGGAGCAGACCAACAAGUCGGAGCACCGCGCUCGCAUGAUCUUCAUCAACCCCAAGUCCGUAACCAUGGCACAGCUGUACGGCAAAGUCGAGCUCUCAGGGGAGUGGACGGACGGCAUCCUUUCAAGCCGCUUCCGCCAGCUCGCGCAGGACACGACGGAGGACCGCGUGUGGCUCGUGCUCGAUGGCCCGGUGGACGCGGUGUGGAUCGAGAACAUGAACACCGUGCUGGACGACAACAAGAAGCUGUGCCUGCAGAACGGUGACAUCAUUCCCAUGCCGAAGCGGAUGAACUUGAUCUUCGAGGUGCAGGACCUGGCGCACGCAUCGCCCGCCACGGUGUCGCGCUGCGGCAUGGUGUAUGUCGAGCCGCACUCGCUGGGCUGGGCCUGCCUGCUGGAGUCGUUUUUUAGCACGCUGCCGCCGUUCAUGACAGAGACACCGCAGCUGGCCGACACGUUGCGCUCCCUCAUCGACGCCAUCAUGGCCGACAUGCUCGAGGUGGCGCGCAAGCACACCUGCUCGAUUGUGCCGCAGAGCGCGAAUACGCUCGUGGCGAGCUGCACGAAGCUUCUUUCGUGCUUCCUGCACGGCUUUGACGAGGAGGCCGCAAUGACGCAGGCCGGCGGCGAUGAUCGGGUGCACGCGCGCAACAUGGUCAUGCGGGUGGAGGGGUGGUUUCUCUUCUCACUGGUGUGGUCAGUCGGCGGGUGCCUGGGGCAUAAGGAUCGGGAGCGGUUCAGCGCUGCCCUGCACGCCCACCUUGCAGCCCUGCCAGAGGGCAGCGGUCGCCGGCACGCCUUCACGCUGGCGCUACCGGAGGCGACGACGUCUUUCUUCGACGUCCGCCUCGAGGACAGCGCUGAGGUGCGCCUGAUGAGUUGGGCCGAUCUGGUGCCCGAGUUGACGAUACCGCCAGAGAGCGAGUACCAGGACAUCAUCGUGCCGACGACGGAGACGGUCAAGUACUCCUUCCUCAUGCGACUCAUGGUGCGCCACAUGCACCCGGCGCUGCUCGUCGGCGACACUGGGACCGGCAAGACCAUCAUGAUGAAGGCGCUACUGCGCAGCCUGCCGAAGGAUGGCUACUCAGUGAACUUGAUCCAGUUCUCCGCGCAGACCUCCGCCGGCCACCUGCAGCGCCUCGUCGACAGCAACUGCGAGAGGCGCCGAAAGGGGUACUACGGCCCACCAAUCAACAAGAAGAUGGUCCUCUUCAUCGACGACGCCAACCUGCCGCAGGUCGAGGAGUACGGCGCGCAGCCGCCCAUCGAGCUUCUUCGGCAGUACCUCGACCACGGCGGCUGGUACCAGCACGGCAAGGACGGGGUCGAGUUUCGCCACUUGGUGGACGCGCUGCUGCUGUGCGCCAUGGGGCCCGCGGGUGGCGGCCGAAACGACAUCACGCAGCGCUUUAGCCGCCACUUCAACGUCUUCAGUGUGCCAUCCUUCAACGAGGAGACGCUGACGACCGUGUUUGGGCGCCUGUCGGAGUGGAUCUUCUCGCGCGGCUUCCCGAGCGAGCUGCGCGGAAUGAGUGGGCUGCUGGUGGCCGCCACAGUGGAGCUGUACACGAUCCUCGUCGAUAACCUCAAGCCCUCACCGGAGCGCUCGCACUACACCUUCAACCUGCGCGACGUGAGCAAGGUGUUCCAGGGCAUGGACAUGGCCUACGCCCCGCGUAUCAAGGACGAGAUGUGCCUGGCACAGCUCUGGAUGCAUGAGGUGUCGCGCGCUUUCGCCGACCGUUUCAUCGAUGACGCCGACACGCACUGGUUCCAUGAGCAGGCGAGUCGGACGUGCCUGCGGCACCUCAAGUUGAACGUCCGCUCGACCAUGGAGGACGGCAGCCCCCUCCUCUUCUCCUCGCUCGCCAAUGAUGACGGGCACUACGAGCAGCUCACCGACAUUGCCCACGCCCGGUCAACAUUAGAGCGAAAGCAAGACCUCUACAAGGCCUCUACCCGCAGCGGCGAGCUCGACCUUGUCAUCUUCAACUAUGUGCUCGAGCACGUCGCCCGCAUCAGCCGCGUCCUGCGUCAGCCCGGCGGCCACCUGCUGCUGGUAGGCGUCGGGGGCAGCGGCCGUCGCAGCUGCACCCGCCUCGGCGCCUUCCUUCAGGAGUGCGACUACCGCACGACCACACCGGCGAAGGACUACGACCACAGCGACUUCCUCGCCGACAUCCGCCAACUCCUCCUGCAGACAGGGCAAAGGGCCUACUCGACGGCGUUCGUGCUGGCUGACUCGCAGAUCAUCUCGGAGGCGUUCCUCGAGGACAUCUGCAGCUUGCUGAACACCGGCGAAAUCCCGGGACUCUGGGACACAAAGCAGGACCGCGAGGUCUUCGAUAACGCCGUCGCCUCACUGCGCGACGUCGGCCGCGCCCUCGGGCGACCCGACACGACGGAGGCGCUCCAGACACUCUUCGUCGAGCGGUGCCGAAAGCACCUACACGUGGUGCUGUGCUUCUCACCGCUCGGCUCGGUGCUGCGCGAGCGGCUGCGCAAAUUCCCGUCCCUUGUGAACUGCACAACGAUCGACUGGUUCCGCGAUUGGCCCGAGGAUGGCCUCCGCUCCGUCGCUGCGCGCUUCCUCGCCGACGUCGACCUUGCGGAGGAGGAGCGGGCGUCCAUUCGGGAGAUAUUUGUGGAGUACCAGCAGCAGGUGCGCGAGCUCAGCGUGACGUACCGUGCCGAGGCGCGGCAACAGACGUACGUCACGCCCACCUCCUACCUCGACCUUCUCUCCACAUUUGGCCAGAUGCUGGCGCGCAGACGGCACGACCUGACGUCGCAGCGAGACCGCUACGCGAACGGGCUGCGUCAGCUGAGGAAAACGGAGGACCAGGUGGAGGUGAUGCAGCAGGAAUUGGCGCUUCUGAGGCCGGAGCUGGCAACCACGCAGGCGGAGACGGAUAAGCUCAUUCGCCAAGUGGAGGCGGAGAGCAAGGUGGCAGAGGAACGGAAGGCCAUUGUGGCGGUGGACGAGGCGGCAGCGAACGCGCAGGCGACGGCGGCGAAGAAGAUAAAGGAUGCCUCGCAGGAGAAGGUCGACGAGGCGCAGCCGCUGGUCGAGCAGGCGCAGCGGGCCGUACGGGACCUUGACCCGAAGGCGCUGCAGGAGGUGAAGGCACUAAAGACACCGCCGAAGGGCGUGAAGUACGUGAUUGAGGUUCUAUGCACGCUGCUCGGCGGUGUCUACAAGCCGAAGCCGGUUCGCGACGCGCUCACAGGCAAGACCAACGUGCCCUACUGGGAGCAUGCAAAGGUGACACUGCUGACCGGCGAGUUCAAGAACACGCUGCUCAACGCGUACUCCGACAUCGUCGACAACGCGCCAGACGCCCAAAUUGAGGAGGUCAAGAGAAAGAUGACCGACGACAUGUUCAGGAUGGAGAACAUUCGAAAGACCAGCGUGGCGCUCGUCGGCGUCGCGACGUACAUCAAAGCGGUUGUGGAGUACUACAAGCAGAACAAGGUCAUCAGGCCACUGCUGGCGCAGGCGGCGGCGGCGCAGGCCGAGUACGACGAAGCGAUGGUCGGGCUGCACGCAAAGAAGGAGGAACUUCGCAUCAUCACGGAGAAGCUGCAGGGGCUGACGGACCAUCUCGAAGAGGUGAACCGGGCCAAGCAGGAGCUCGAGAACCGCAUACGCGACACGGAUACAAAACUCACGCGCGCGAAGAAGCUGAUCGACGGCCUCAGCGGCGAGAAGGUCCGCUUCGCACACGAGUCGAAACGCUACGAGGAGGAGCUCGUGUACGUCGUUGGCAACGUCGUCGUCAGCGCCGGCAUCGUCGCGUACAUGGGACCGUUCCUGCACAACUACCGACAGCAGAUCAUCGGCAGGUGGCGCGAGAUGUGCGAGGCGCAGCAGCUACGGGUGUCGCCUGACUACACCUUCGAGAAGUUCUGCGGCAACCCGAUCCACAUCCAGGAGUGGAAGCUGCAGCAGCUGCCCACCGACCCUUUCUCCGUCGACAACGCAGUCAUCCUGAGCAACUCGAGUCGGUGGCCGCUGCUGGUGGACCCGCAGCAGCAGGCAAAUCAGUGGAUCCGCAAUCGCGAGCGCGAGAACGGCCUCGUCGUCGUGCGCCUCUUCGAGAAGGACUACCUGCGCACAAUCCGGCAGGCCAUCAUGGACAGCCACCCUGUGCUACUGGAGAACGUUGAGGAGACGCUCGACCCGAUGCUGGAGAACUUGCUGCUGAAGCGGAUCACCAAGGAGGGGACAAUGUGGGUCAUGCACCUCGGCGAGGCGGUAGAGUGGAACGGAAAGUUCCGCUUCUACAUGACAACGAAGCUGCCGCGGCCGCACUACCUCCCCGAGGUAAGUGGGAAGGUGACCCUCAUCAACUUCCGGAUCACCGAGCAGGGCCUGCAGGACCAGCUCCUACAGCGCGUGAUGCUGUCCGAGCGGCGUGAGGUAGAGGAGAAGAAGCAGGCACUGACGCUGGAGGCCGCGACCAACCAGGCCGACCUCAAGGCGACGGAGGACCGCAUCCUCGCCAUCCUGUCCACCGAGGGCAACAUUCUCGAGAGCGAGGCGGCCAUCGAGGAGCUCGACAGCUCGAAGGAGCAGAGCGACCGCAUCGAAAAGCGGCAGGAGGAGAUCGACGCGAUGGAGCGCAUCAGCGACCGCACCCGCAGCCUCUUCGUGCCGGUGGCGCACCUUGGCGCCAUCCUCUUUUUCUGUGUCACGGAGCUGGCAAACAUCGACCCCAUGUACCAGAACUCGCUCCAGUCGUAUAUGGUCGUCUUCCAGGAGGCGCUGGCGAGCAGUGCCAAGUCGAGCGAGGUGGAGGAGCGCACGGAUGCGAUCAACACGACCUUCAAGCGCAGUCUGUACCAGCGCGUCUGCCGUGCCCUCUUCGCACGCGACCAGCUCCUCUUCUCCUUCAUGAUGUCGCUGAAAAUAUUCGCUGUGGACGCGGUGCUGCUGCGCUGGCUGCUGACCGGCGGCGCUGAGGAGGACGAGCGCACCGCUGCCAUGGUGAACCCUUUUACAUGGAUGCCAGAGCCGAGCUGGCGGCUGCUGCUGCGGGCGAGCACGCAACUGGCUGGCUUUGAACACCUCAUCGAGGAUGUGCGGCAGAACGAGAUGUUCUUCAUGGACUACUACGAGUCGUCGAGUCCAUUGGAGCUACAGCUCCCCGGAGGGCUGCAGGGCAUGCCGAGUAUUGCGAAGAUGGUGUUGGUGCGGUGCCUGCGCAUGGACAAGGUAGUCCCCGCCAUCCGCGCAUACGUUUGCGAGACUCUGGGCGAGUUCUUCGUGGAGCCUCCACUCUACGCGCUGGAGACGGUCGUGGACGAGCUCGCCUACGACCCGUCCAUACCGAUCAUUCUCGUGCUUUCCCCUGGCGCCGACCCGAACGCUGAGCUCGAUCGCGUCGCCGACUUGCGAGGCAUGCUGCAGAACAAGCUCUUCAAGCUGUCCCUUGGCCAGGGCCAGGAUGUGCCGGCCUGUGCCCUCAUCGAGGCGGGCACAAAGACCGGCCACUGGGUGCUCCUGCAGAACUGCCACCUCUACGCCGACUUCAUGCCACAGCUAUCCCGCAUGAUCGAGGACUACAGCGACGUGGCGGCGAAGGAGGGGUUGCACCGCGACUACCGGCUGUGGUUGACAUCUCUGCCAAGCGAGGUGUUCCCGAUCGCGAUUCUGCAGAACGGCGCCAAGCUCGUGCAGGAGCCGCCGAAGGGCCUCAAGAGCAACCUCAUGCAGUCGUACCUCUCCGACCCCGUCGCGGACGCCGAGUUUUUUGAGGCAGCCCGCACACCGGUGGUGUGGCAGAAAUUACUUUUCGGGCUGUGCUUCUUUCACGCGGUGGUGCAGGAGCGGCGGCAGUACGGCCCCCUCGGCUGGAACCGCCCGUACGAGUUUAACGACACGGAUCGCCGCAUCAGCGUGCGCCAGCUGCAGAUGCUGCUGAACGAGAACGUGCUCGUGCCGUACGAGGCGCUUCUUUACCUUACUGGAGAGUGCAACUACGGCGGACGUGUGACGGACGACUGGGACCGACGCUGCCUGCUCGCCACGCUCGAGGUCUACUUCACCCCGUCCAUCCUGGAGGACGACUAUGUCUUCUGCGAAGACGCGCUGGAGUACUUUGCGCCGCCGUUCGGGGAGUACAGCGCCUAUCUCGCCUACAUCGAGUCCCUGCCGGCGCAGCAGCCUCCCACCGUCUUCGGCUUGCACGAGAACGCGGACAUCACGAAGGAUGAGCGCGACGCCCGCUUCCUCCUCGACGCCACCCUCAGCACGCAGCCGCGCGACGCCGCGCCGGUGGGCGGCCGCGGUAACAAGGCAGACCCCAAGACGACCGUGAAGGCGGUGGCUGCGGAUGUGCUGCACCGCCUGCCACCGCUCUUCGACAUUGAGGCCAUCCAGUCCCGCUACCCGAUCGACUACGCCCAGUCGAUGAACACAGUGCUGCUGCAGGAGGCGAUUCGCUACAACCGCCUCCUCGCCGUCGUGCGCGCCUCGCUGACGGAUGUGCAGGACGCCAUUAGCGGAAAGGUGGUGAUGAGCAGCGAGCUUGAGCAGGUGUUCCUGAACAUGUACGACGGCAGGGUGCCGGAGGUGUGGAGGCACCGCUCCUACCCGUCGCUAAAGCCGUUCGGCGCGUAUGUGAGCGACCUCAUUGCACGCCUGCAGUUCCUGCGCACGUGGUACGAGGAGGGGCCGCCGCCGCUAUUCUGGUUGAGCGGCUUCUUCUUCACACAGUCCUUCCUCACAGGCGUGACGCAGAACUACUCUCGCAAGUACACGAUCGAGAUCGACAAGCUCGUCUGGAACUUCACGGUCAUGCCGGCCCCGGCGGAGAGCUUCACUGAGUCCCCAGAGGAUGGCUGCUACGUGAGCGGGCUCUUCCUUGAAGGGGCUGGGUGGUCGCACGAUGCCGGCGUCCUCACGGAGAGUCGGCCAAAGGAGUUGUACGUAGCCCUUCCAGUGCUGAAGCUCUCGCCUGCGCUGCCUGAGGAGGUGGCACAGUGCCCCAUCUACCGCUGCCCGUGCUACAAGACGACCGACCGCCGCGGCGUGCUCUCGACGACGGGGCACUCCACCAAUUUUAUUCUUACCAUAAACCUUCCCCGCGACGCGCAGCAGUCGGAAAGCCACUGGGUGCUGCGUGGCACGGCGCUCUUCACGCAACUCGAGUACUAG